AUGACACAAAACCAAAGCCGGCCUCUCUUCUUCCAGCAACAACAGUCUAUUCAAUUUCAACCUCAACAACACCUUCAGCCCGCCGCCGCCGCACUUUACAACCACAGCAUACGGCACAACACGGCGUCGCCUUUCGAAGCAACUACCGAUUCUAUGAACGCCCUCGAUUUCGGUCUCGAUCUCGAUCUCGAUCUCGAUACCAACAAUCUCGACUACGGUAGUUUAUCAGCCUCCCCAACCUCGACGCUCUCGCAGCUGUCGCAGUACUCGCCUUUGUCGGCCUUUGACAGCAUCCCGACGCCCACGCUUGCAGAACCUUCUUUGUUCCCCGCACAGCGACAAAGCCGGCCGGCGAACUUGUUCACAAACACCGACGCGAUGCAAACGGAAUCUUGGAUGCAGGGCAGUGCCCAGCCGGCUCCGAGGUCAGCCGGCCACUUCUCGCACCAGCGGGACUCGUCCCGCUCGUCCAUGGGUUCCAAUGGCCCGCUCUCUCCCUACUCGCACAAUGUUGCAAACCCCCAAAUCGCUAUGAACGACUCAGUCGGGGAACACUUCCACGCUCUUCACGGCGCGGACGACCUCAAUGGCCACUAUCAGUUGGCGGCCGCUAAGUCGUUCCCGGGCGUAUCACACGACAACUUUUACACUGGUGGCCUGCCCUCGUAUGGGUCCGGCGGCGACACCACGACAAACAACAUCCCCAGCUACUCAUACCUCGCUACCACGGCACCUCGGCGCAGGAACGAUCGCAACCUCCUUCCCGACCAUCCGGCUGGGCCGAGGUCACAAGCCGCAUCGGUGGCGAGCUCAGUAGUAUCUGACUCACCUGCCACGCCAGCAGGGGAGCCUGAGGAGGACAGGAAACGCACUACUGCCCUACAUCCCGUCCCCAAACUCGACCGCACCAUGACAGACGCCUACGCGGACGAGCUCUACAGCCCCAACUUUGCCAUCACAUCACCGUCGUCUGGACAAGCUUCCUCAAUUUCGCCCACCAGCGACCUCUUCACCCAGAGGAUCCAGGCUGCCAACAACCAGCACUUGUCUGCAGUGACAAAUUCUCCGGUAUCAUCGGCGUCCCGCGACCGAUCUCCGUUCCGCCAGGGCUCGCCACUCGCCCCCAUGCCCAUGAGCGACUUCCGAUCGGCGAUGGGUAACGGGUCGGCUUCGCAGGUGCGCUUCAACACAGCGCAGCAGCUACGUGAGCAAAGCAAGGCCAUGCGCGAUGCACAGGCUGUGCAGCAGCAAAUCUCCAGGCCCGCUGCAGACACAGUCACGCCUCAAACCAUUUCCCCCAAGGACGCCAUGCUCGAGUUCCAUGAGGCCGAGGGUGAUGUGAACAACUUCCCACUCUUCCCUAGGCAACACAACAACGCCAGCUUUAACGCAGACGCCAUUAACAAGGCGACCGCAGCCCAAAGCCAACAGGUGUUCGGUGGCGGCAUGCACAUGGACACCAACUCGUUCAACAACUUCCUAGGCGCGGCAAUGCCGGCGCCGGUGCAGAUGCACCCGCAAUACCCGUUCAUGGCGCAACAGCGACCUCACAGUGCUGUGCCAUCUGGGGCCAACACAUCCAUGGGCACGACCAGGCUUGGGUCCGCCGAAACUGGCAUCACCGACUCAGUUCACGGUAGCACCCCACAGCGUCCCUCAGACACUCGCGCCGAUGGUGGCACAUAUACCUGCACCUACCACGGCUGCACGCUGCGCUUCGAAACCCCUGCCCUUCUGCAGAAGCACAAGAGGGAAGGCCACCGUCAGGCACACGGCCUUACCUCAGUUCGGCGGCCCGAAACCCCUACUGGCAUGACUUCAUCGACGCUCCUCAAUACGCAAGCUGGCCCGCAUCGUUGUGAUCGCAUCAACCCAAGCACCGGCAAGCCCUGCAACACUGUCUUUUCUCGUCCUUACGACCUGACCCGUCACGAGCACACUAUCCACAACGCCCGGAAGCAGAAGGUCCGAUGUGACCUUUGCACUGACGACAAGACGUUCAGCCGGGCAGAUGCGCUCACGCGGCAUUACCGCGUGUGUCACCCAGACGUCGAGUUCCCUGGCAAGCAGCGCAGACGUGGCGGCCACAGCUGA